AUGGCACCAAUGCUGGGGAGUUGGGAUGGCACAGGCACCGCACAGCCACGAUCAGGGUCCAACGCUGCCUCCUCCGCCCCAAAGCGCAUCCUCUAUGUGGAUGCGUAUGAUUCAUUUUCCUACAAUGUGGUCGCCAUACUCGAGGAGACCCUGAACGUCAAAGUCACGGUGAUGACCAUCGAUUCGGAAUGGCCCAAUGGCAACAUGAAUGAAUUUCUCCGGUUUUACGAGGCCGUCGUGCUGGGCCCAGGGCCAGGAGAUCCUAACCUGUCAAAAGAUGUCGGCGUCAUGCGCGACAUUUGGAAUCUCCCUGACUCAGACUUGCUGCCAGUCUUCGGUAUCUGCUUGGGGUUCCAGAGUCUUUGUCUUCAUCACGGAGUCCCCAUUGAGCGGCUCCCGUAUCCACUGCAUGGUCAGGUACGUCAGAUAUCGACGGCCUCGACAGACGUCUUCGAAGGUCUCUCGGCGGUGGAGGUUACCCUGUAUCAUUCUUUAUACGCCAACGCCAGUGCGCCAGCUGAAUCAUCAGCAUCAGACUGUUUAGACCUUUUAGCUUGGUUAUCACUUGAUGAUGGCAGUGCCGCAAAAUCGCAAAUUCCUAUGGCGGUUCGCCAUCGGCAAAAGCCCUUUUGGGGUGUUCAAUUCCACCCUGAAUCAUGCAAGUCCCAAAGGGACGCUUGUCGAACGUUGCUCAGGAAUUGGUGGAGAAUGGUUCUCGGAUUCAACAAGAUCGCCAAUCGAGGAGGCUCUGGAAGUCUCCCGGAUGCUACCAUCAGUCCUCAUGAUCAUACAAGCUCGUUCCCAGAUGCUGCGUACGAAAUGUUGAGGUGGAGUGCAUCAACAUCGGCCUUCUCGGCAUUUCGAUCACUCGAGAGAUCCAGCCUGUCUGUUGAAACAAUAAGUGAGGCGCUGAACCAGCCAGGUGCCCCCACGGUUGUGUUUCAAUCCAAUGGACGUCACAGCAUCAUCUCCGUCCCGAGUCCUGGCUCUUGGAGGCUGGAAUACAGUGUGGAGCUGCAGAAUUUGACAUUAUACCAACUGCAUGAGAAAGGCCAAGUGGCUGAGGGUUGCCUUAGAGUGCCUCAGCUGUGGGACGCUCUGCGAUAUGUGAUGGAAAUGAAAAAGGUACAUUCCGGUCAUUCCCAGGUCCCCUUCUGGGGCGGAUUCCUGGGCUACUUUUCCUACGAACUGAGUCUUGCAUGUCUUCCUCAUCCCAAAGGAUCACCGCAAUCAUCCUAUGAACAUCCCACCACAAACCGCGCGCCACCAGAUACUUCCGCUGAAGAUCUACCGGAUGUCAGUUUAUUAUGGUGUGAAAGAAGUAUCAUUGUGGACAACAGCACUGGCAACAUUAUCAUCCAAUCCACCGCUGAACCUGACCACCGCCCUGCCGGCUGGUUGGAUGAGACAUUACAGUUACUACAAAAUCAUUCGAACAUCCCCAACGAAGAAGACUCUGAUAGGUCGUUUUUGGACUCAAUACUCCGCGAAGGGAAGAUCAGUUACCCUGAGGAAGGGAAUUAUAAAGAACAAAUCGACGCUUGCAAGGCGGAAUUGGAGGCCGGGGAAUCCUAUGAGCUGUGUUUGAGUUGCGAAACCUCUAUCAACUUACCAACCCCAACCACAAAAAAUGACCGCGCCGUGUUUCCAUGGAAGCUCUAUAAGCGACUCAAGAAAUAUAAUCCCGCUGCAUUCAGUGCCUUCGCCACUUUGGGCAACGUCAAGAUUCUCAGCAGCAGCCCGGAAUCCUUCCUCAGUUGGGAUCGUGAGUCGACUUUGGAGAUGAAACCGAUGAAAGGCACAGUCCGCAAAUCACCCGACAUGUCCAUGGAGAAGGCCAAAGAGAUUCUGGGUUCGACUAAGGAGAUGGCCGAGAAUCUAAUGAUCGCCGAUCUCAUCCGGCACGACCUGUACGGAAUCUGCGGGCCUGGAGGGGUUCACGUCGAGAAACUGCUUGAAGUCGAGGACCACGGCCGAGUAUUCUCGAUGAUCACCCAUGUCAAGGGCGAGGUCAGACCCGAUCGCCUUGGGGUCGCCGUGCGGCACAUGCCCCAGCUAAAAUCACCCAAUAUGGCCGUACACGGCCUCACGGCUCUUCAACGGUGCUUGCCUCCUGGCUCCAUGACAGGUGCCCCCAAGGAGCGCUCCUGCGUGCAUCUUAAACGGAUUGAAGCUCGGAAGCGCGGCAUCUACUCCGGAGUAAUGGGCUUCCUGGACCUUGGUGGAGGUGGGAGCUUUUCGGUCAUGAUUCGGAUGGCAUUCAGCUGCAGCGUCGACAACCGCGAUGAGAACUGCCGGCAGACCUGGCGGAUCGGCGCCGGCGGUGCCAUCACCACUCUCAGCACGACCGAGGGCGAGUGGGACGAGAUGUUGACCAAACUGCGCACGGUCUGCACAGUCUUCACGCCAACGACCUAA